AUGGAGCAGGUUCAUGGCGUUGAUGUCAGCUGGAUGACCCAUGGUGCUUCCAAAGGCAGGAAUUCACCACCAACCAAAACUCCCUCAGCAGCUCUCCCACGACAGAUCCCCGGCGCAAACUCGAGACCGAAGUCACCGGCUUCGGCCCCUACAGAGAAUGCUUCCGUAGACUCCAACACCUCAAACAAUGGCCAAACCACAACACUGAAUGGCUCUACUGCCCCUAAAAGGCCGUCACGCUCGAAUUCUAUAGACAAGCAGACCCCUCCUGGUACUUCGCCUCACCGUCGCAAUUCAUGGUUCUCCAAUAUAUCGGCCAAAUUCUCUUCCUCCGGCACACCGCCAGCCCCUGGUCCUCCUUCGCCAGCUCCUAUACCAGAAUCGUCGCCGGCACCAUCGCAAGAUCCUGUCCCGCCAAAGCUACCCCAAUCGAAGAACGCCGUUCUACCGCAUGCCACGAAACCUGAAGGUGAUGGACCUUACAUACCAGCACCACCCAAGAGUGGCCAGCCCGGAUUCUUGGGUAUGUUCCGUCGCCUCUCAUCUUCCAACAGUGGCGCUCUUACACAAAGCGGAAAACUCGGUCACGGUCUUGUCGACAGGGUAGUUUUGAAUGUGGACCAGCACAGAGAGAGAUGUCCUAUACAAGAGCUCUCUUGUGCCAAAUUAAGAAGGGUUGCAUUUUGCGUAGACGUCGAAAUUGCGCCUCAGCCCAGAUACGUCGAUGGUGACUCGCAAUUGCCCAAGACAACCGACAAGACACAAAAGAAGAAGUUGGCGGAAAAAGGCGAGGGGGAGGCCCUUAAGAAUCCAAAGGCUGUGGAAGACCAGAAAGAAACCAACGGAGAAGUAAAGAAAACAGGAGAAUCGCUGCCAAAGGAACCUGAAAAAGAAGGGUCCGAGGCUCCUCAGCAGACUUCGGAGACGGUCAACGGCAGCCCAACUCCCCUCUCCGACAAAAAGGAAGAAAAUACUAAGAAGAAAGAGAAAAAGAAGAAGAGCGAGGAAGAACGCAAGGCCAGGAAGGAAAAGAAACGACAACUUGCAGAAGCCAACGGAUCCAUUCCUAUGGAAAUUUACUAUGAUAGCAGCGAUGAUUCGGACAAGACAAAAACGCCCCCGAGUGCUCCCAGUGCUCCCCAGCCUACCAAGCCCCAGACAGCACCGACAACGAAUCCGGUUCGAGUGUACCGAAGAUGUUGCCAGCUACGGGAAACACCGAUUCUUAAGAAGAUCACCGAACAGCUCACUGAUACGGCCAACUACACUGCUUCGACUGGCACAGUCAACAAGCUCGACCUUACUGAUUACUGGCUACAACUACCAGAUCUUGUAACUCUGGGUGACUAUUUGGCAAUUGUUCCAGUCAGGGAGAUAUUAUUAGAAAACAGUGGUCUGGGCGAUGAGGGCUUAAGAGUUAUUCUGGCUGGCUUACUUGCUGCCAAGCGACCUGCCAUAAAACGACGGAAACACAAAAACGACGACGAAGAGGAACAAGGAGGCGUGGUGGAGCGGCUUGUUUUGAAGAACAAUAAGAUUGGUCCCGAUGGAUGGAAGUAUCUUUCGCUUUUCAUCUAUCUAUGCCGGUCGCUCAAAUUCCUCGAUAUCUCGCAGAUUCAGUUCCCACGUCAGCCUCAAACUCCACAAAAUGGAUCACCCAACAAUGGAGUGCAAGUACCUCGAAGCAUAUCGAAUAUCUUCUCCAAGGCCUUGGGUGAACGCCUAGGAGGAUCUACACUCGAGUUAGUUAAUCUCGGUCAGGCAGGCCUGACCAUGGAACAACUGGGUUCGGUCGUGGACGGUCUAAUACAGUGUGGUGUUAAACGACUCGGCUUGUCGCACAAUCAGAUCGAUGCAGAUGGCAUGAAACACGUUGUCAGGUUCCUUACCGAAGGCCACUGUGAAGGUCUGGACUUGGGUGGAAAUGAUCUCGGUCAACAUACUGAAGCUCUGGCUACGGCAAUUGAGAACGACACAACUUUGUGGGGCCUGGGCAUGGCUGGCUGUAACUUGACCCCUUCAGCGCUUUGCAAGAUCUUACCUGUAAUGGUCAAGCUGCCAAACCUGCGGUUCUUUGACUUGUCACAGAACCCGGCUUUGUUCCAGUCAACACCCAGUGCUGUUGGUCUCCUCAGAAGGUAUUUGCCCAAGAUGAAGGUAUUAAAACGUAUGCAUCUGGAAGAUGCUGCCAUGACACCAGAACAAGCUAUUGCAAUCGUCGAAGUACUUCCCGAAGUGCAAACGCUGGCCCAUAUUAACAUCACCAACAAUGCUGAGAUUGUCAAGCUUGCAGACGCAAGAACGGAAGAAGCACAGGAAGAAGCUUGCGCCCUCUACGCCUCUCUGCUUGCUGCAGCUCGUGUCUCCAAGAGCCUCAUCUGCGUGGAUGUUGAAGUACCCAGUGAACAUUCAGGUGAGAUUGUCAAAGCUAUGGCUAAGCAAGUUGUUGCCUACUGCUUGCGUAACAUGGAGCGACUCCCCGAUACCGACACUGGCGCGGUCAUGGCGUCGACACUUGCCGAAAACAAUCUGGAGGCUGGCGAUAUGAAACUGCCACCAUACCCCGAUGUCCUCGCACAUCUUGUCGGGCAUGACGUGCUGGAUCAAGACGAAAGCGACGACGAUAACAGUUCCGCACCCGACGAAGAUUAUGUCAUUGGGGGUACUGGUGUGGUCAAGGCACUUGCUUGCUGUUUGAAGAACCGAGGCGAUGAGUCAAGGAGGCAGUCUGGCGAAUUCAUCCGUGAUAUUGAGAAUGGAGCAACAAGUCCAGCAGCGACACCAUCGGCGAAUCUAUCAACAGGAGGAAAGGCCAAGGAUAUGUCGAAACACUUGUUGAUGGGAGCUCGUAAGAUUCGAGUUCGCCUUCAGCCGGCACUUAUCAAGGCGAGGGCCAAUUCUGAUGAUGAGCAUAACCUGCGCAGGUUGACAUUCUUGGACGACACUCUGCAAGGCAUCAUCAAGCGCUUUGAGGACGAGUACCCGGACACGCGCGAGGAUACAACACCCCUAAGACGACCGCGUGCUGGAACCAAGGGAAUCGAGGAAUAUCCUACGACGUUGCCUCUGGAGGACUCUGCAAUGGCUCUGUCAGACAACGAAGACGAGGGCGAGAUCCAUGCAGGUAAACCGCUUUCCAGGUCUAACUCUAUGGCCAAGAUAUUGGUCGAGGAGGAGGGACGAAUUCUUCGUGCUGGUCAUCGCUUCCGUGCCGGAUUUAUCAAGCAGGAGCAGAUCGACCUGCUCAGCACAAUCGACGAUAUCGGUUCUGAUCCUAAACAUGUGGGAAUGCUUACCGAGAUGGCCGAGGAUAUUGGCGGGGAGCUUUUGGAACUCGUCAAGAAGAAGGGUGCUGUGAGAGCCUUCAAGGAAGACAGGGAUGUCGCGCUUAAGUGCAUGGAGGCAAGCGACCCAGAACACUGGGAUCGGUUUGUUGACGCCCAGUACAAGUCCCGUGCCAACAUUAGCAUCCCUCCUGCGGCAAAGCAGGGAGAGGUGGCGGAUGAGAGUGCAGUUGCUGAUUAA